ACAUUUUCUAUUUAAACACUUGCCCACGACUAAUAAAGGCAGUUAGAACAUUAUUCAUUGAUCGAAGACGAUUUCAAAGAUGUUAUUGAAGAAUUAAUUAUUGGAAUGAAAGGAUAUUAUAUAGACUUUAACAAUCACAAUAUUUGUUUAGCUUAAACUUGGAUAUAUCAGGAUACAUAUAUCAUUAGUAUUACUUCUAAAGACAUCUUCUUAAAAUAAUGCUUGUGCAUUAAAAUACCAGACCUUCAGUCAACUUUUUUCAAGGACCAGAAGGAAUUACUUACGAGCCCUAUGUUGGAUGAUACAGUAUUCGAGGGUAACAUAAAACAUUCAAAGGCAUUGUAGUGUCUGAACCAUCAGAGACCAUGAUACACCGAAGUUCACUUGUUACCGCGGUCAUAGCGCUGUUGCUUGGAGUCUGCUGGGCUGAUUUUAUUCCAUUGCCGCCAUUUUCUGAGCUUAAAAAGAACUAUCCGGGAUUUGCACACUUUCGAGGAAUUUUCAGACACCAUGAACUAGUCCAUUUUCUCGGAUUAGAAAAUGAAACAAAUGUGCUUUUGCACGAUACAUCAGCGUUAAGACUCUCCUACUCAUUAAAUGAGGUCGGUGGAGUUCAUUCACUCGGAAGUGACAUCAUCAGACUUUCUAAAUAUGGAAGAGAUAGUGUCAAGGGCAAAGAUGGCCGCCAGUAUAUUUUUCAUCCAUUAGCGUUUGGUCCGUAUUUAGCAGACAAGUAUGGCUUGCCAUCAGUGACACAAUUACACAAGUUUGAUCCCGACGAAACAAAAACAAUGUUCAAAGAUAGACAAGGAAUAAUGAGAGUAAUUACUUAUACACGUGAAAACGAGCCAAAGGGCCACAUUGUGUUAUGGGACUGCGGCCACUUCCACCAGUCACGUGACUUAUUUGAAGGUCACACUCUCCUCUCAGUGGAAUUCUGGGAAUCACCUGACUCCCACUGUAACAAUUUACCGCCGGUGGACAUUACAGCGGACUCCGUGACAGAGGACGAGGAACAUUUCCUGCAGGAUGCCAUGAAGGACGCUGUAGCCCAUAAUCUCAGACACACACGAACAUGGAAGCAUUAAAGAUUCAUAAUAAGAUUGUCGUGAAGAAUGAAACCAUUUAAGUAUUAAAAACAAGGCUUGUUUCAGUCCCAAAACAUGGACACUUUGAUGGGCAUCGGGGAUGGGAUAGAACAAUACGAGUAUGUGUACUGGAAAUAGGCGGUGCAAAUGAACCGUGGCCAUGUUUUUAUCUUUAAAAAAAGUUGUGUUUGCGAGACAAACUGCUUGUAACAGUGUGUGCUUGUGUCUUUCGCGGGAAAGUUUGGCAGUUACUGUUUAUGCUUUCUACGAGACACUGACUGUUGUAAAAUAUGCUCGAUAAAUUUUGAACAUUUGUUAAACCGGUGAGAUAGGUGAAGUGUUUUUUAGGAAACCCAUAAUAAAAAAAUAACGGUACACUUAGUGAUGUGUACAGGGACAGUGCAAUGUGUUCAGCUGACAAUGUAGAUGGGUGAAUUUCUGUAUCUUCAAAAUAUAUGUAUUCAGUAUCAGCCAAUGCUAUGAAAAGUAGCGUACUUUGAUCCUGAUAAGCAUGGAACCAAAGUUCCCCCAAUUAAGUGCUACAACAAACUAUUAAUUUCUAAAAUAGUACGUCAGAUAAACAUAAAAGUGAGGUCACAAUAAUAUAUAGUUUGUUUGUCCGACUCACAAAAGUAUUUAUAAUACAAAAAAGUAUAAUAUCUAAGUUGAAUAUACUUUUUGGAAAGUAUAAAUAAAACAAUCAGAGAUCUAAAGAGCUCGUUUCCGAUAAUCCUUUAUUGUAUUUGAUAUUUUUUCAAUGACAAAUGGGAUUUCUAGUUUAGUUUAUAAUGAUCAACGAAAAUCCAAAUUGUAUCACUGUUCUUUUCUGUGAAUUUCACAGGAAGUCCGGUAGAUUUGAGACGACCUCGGUUACCUACCUUCCUACAUCCUAAAGUAUGAGUAGUGAAAGGCCAAUUAAACUGUUUUAUUCAUUAUGACCUUAAGCCCUAGUAACUAUACUGAUGAUUUUGAUAAUGAUGGCGUUGAUUCUGGAUUUGCAUCUUUUAAUUUAUAAUACCAUUGGUCGUUGUUCAGAACUUUGUUUAAAGCUUACAGCGUGAUUCUCGACAUCAUUCGGUUAACUUAUUUUACGAUGCACUCAUAUAUUUAAAUUAAAGAAUUACAGCUAUAAUAGUUGCCUUAAAUAUAACUAGGAAUACUGCCGAUCAAAUACGUUACCGUGAAACUUUCAUAACAAUACAUAUUUGAAAGUUAACAACGAGGACGUUAACAACGUUGUUACCUUUAACAAAGCUCUGACCAAUCGGUCCAAUGUUAACUUUGUCUGUGUAUAUAUUUGCUUUAUUUAUGUUUAUUUCAUUGUUUGUGUUUGCCAUGAUAACUUUGUCUGUGUAUAUAUUUGCUUUAUUUAUGUUUAUUUCAUUGUUUGUGUUUGCCAUGAUAACUUUGUCUGUGAAUAUAUUUGCUUUAUUUAUGUUUAUUUCAUUGUUUGUGUUUGUCAUGUUUUCGAGUGCUUUUUGCAGUUGCUGUAAGAUUUACAAAUUAUUGGUGCUGGAUUUCAUAUCAAAUUUUCAUGGAAAUUUAAAAUUGCUCAGUCCAUACCAUAGGUGACAGUACCAGUCAGAAAAAAAUAUAUUUUGAAUCUGGCUAUGUAAAUCAGCAUGUCUGACUGAUAUUGUCACCUAUGGUUCAUACCACAUCGAAUAUUUCUAUUUUGUUAAGAAUCGUUUCAAGUUCAUUGCUACAAAUAUUGCCUAGAUGUGUUUUCUGAGAAGCAUUCAAAUGUGUUAAUAAGAUGAUCAUGUGCAAAUUGUAACUUGUUUGUUAAUAAGAAUCGAAUAAAAUAAAUUAUAAAAUGAA